CCACGUCGAGAAAUAUCAUAGAAUAUUCCCUCCAUCCUCAACAGGUCUAAACCAAACGUUGUUCCGCUAGACAGACCCUCCCGUUCCAUUAUUGGGAAAUAGACUACUAACUUAGAUUUUGUUUGUUCCUUCAUCCUUGGUCACUUUGUCUCUCGCGUCGCAUUCAUCGCCCCUUUCCCGAAAAAUAGUUCCAACUUCACAAUAUGGGUACCUACAAACCCAAUACUUUACCCCUAAUCCCGCUCCCGUACUCUGCUGUCCUCUUCCCCGGCGUUAUUCUUCGCAUCUUCAUUUCCGACCGCCAGGACAUCGCCGCUCUAGUCGCUAAGCUCUCUAACAACAACACUACGCCGCUCAAUUCUUCCGAUCUGCGAAUAGGGUGUAUCCCACUAAAGCCUCCGACGCCCGUGAGCCCACCAAUCGCCAAAACUGACGAAGACAAGAAACGUAUAAUUGAGGAGGAAGGCGAUGAGGUCGAGGAAACCCAGCCGGCAUUCCUGAAUAUCGACCCGUCCUCAGCCACCCCGGAGGAAUUAUUCUCGCACGGUACCACAGCCCAGGUAGUCGGCCUGGAGGGCCACUCACGCGUGGACUCGUUUGGCACUCACGGGGCCAAUGGGGGGAAUGGGAUGGCACUUGUGGUGGAAGGGGUCUCCAGGUUUAGGGUCAGGCAGUUUCUACAGCGAACUCCCUUCAUCGAAGCCGAUGUGGAGCACUUUGUCGAUUCGCCCGUGCAAAAGUCCGAUGUUCCCGCACAUUCUUAUUUCACCCAGCUCAAGACGUUGAGCAGAGAGCUUGUUGCAUUACUCCAGAUGAACUCUUCCAGAGGUGUAGGAUUACCACCAUUGGUCGCCAGGCGGCUGGAGCUCUUAAUCGCCGAGAAGAAGCUCUGUGAUGCGGGAUCCCUAGCAGAUUUUAUGGUUUCUGCUGUAGAAACCACGCUCGCUGAGCGAUUGCGGAUCCUCUCCGCCGUUGAUGUUCCGGAAAGGUUGGAGAAAGCGGUCACCGUACUUACCAGGCAGGUUAACAAGAUCAAGUCAAUUCUCACUAGGAGCAAUAAGAUUCUUCCUCCGCUUAUCGUCAUGGAUAGAAGGGAUGGCUUACCGUCUCUUCCGGGCGUUCCGCCGAGAAGUGCGAAAAGGAGCGCUGGCUUUGGGGACAUGGAUGAGGAUGGAGAGAAUGACGAAGAACUGGACGAAUUGUCCAAGAAGAUUGAGGAGGCCAAGCUAAGUCCAGAAGCGCUGAAGCUUGCACGGAGGGAAAUGCAGAGGCUGAGAAGAAUGAGUCCUAUCCAAGCCGAAUACGGCGUGUGUAGAACAUAUUUGGAGACCCUAACAGAGAUACCGUGGUCGAUAACUACCGAAGACCAGCUGGAUGCCACAACCCUUGUAAGAGCAAGGAAGCAACUCAACGAUGAUCAUUACGGGCUUGAAGCGAUCAAGAAGCGACUUCUUGAGUACCUAGCAGUUCUCCGUCUGAAGCGUCAAAACGAUGAACCGGUGAUAGCGAAGAAGCCCCUGGUCGAUAAAUCGCCAAUCCUGUUACUCGUGGGGCCCCCGGGAGUCGGAAAGACAAGCCUUGCGCGUAGUGUGGCCUCUGCUCUAGGUCGAAAAUUCCACCGGAUCAGUUUAGGAGGUGUGCGGGAUGAAGCGGAGAUUAGGGGCCAUCGAAGGACCUAUGUUGCCGCUAUGCCUGGUCUAAUAGUUAAUGCGUUGAAGAAAGUUGGGGUGGCGAAUCCGGUAAUAUUGUUGGAUGAGAUCGACAAGAUCGGAGGAGCCAACUUUCAUGGAGAUCCGAGUGCAGCAAUGUUGGAAGUUCUUGAUCCGGAGCAGAAUUGGAGUUUCACUGAUCACUAUAUCAACAUCCCUAUCGAUCUAUCCAAAGUGCUCUUCAUCGCGACAGCAAAUUCCGUGGACACAAUUCCGCCUCCACUCCUCGAUCGUAUGGAGAGGAUCCAGUUGAGCGGGUACACAUCCCUAGAGAAAAUGCAUAUCGCAUCCCAGUACCUUAUUCCUAAGCAGGUGCAAUCUAAUGGUCUAGCCGCCGGCCAGGUAGAGAUUUCAGCCGAUGUGCUGUCAACGAUCAUAACGUCGUACACCAGGGAAUCGGGUGUUAGAAACCUAGAGAGGGAAAUAGGGAGCGUCUGCCGAGCCAAAGCAGUUGAAUAUGCCGAAGCCAAGGACGCUCACAAGGAAGAGUCCUACAGGCCAAGGGUUGAGGUCUCGGAGCUCGAGAGCAUACUCGGGAUUGAAAAGUAUUACUCGGAGAUUGCUGAACGAAGCAACAAGCCCGGUGUCGUCACGGGAUUGGUUGCUUUCAGCACCGGUGGCAUCGGUUCCAUAUUAUUUAUAGAAGCCGAACAGAUGCCGGGUAGCGGCAGGCUGCAGUUGACGGGGAAAUUGGGCGAAGUAAUCAAAGAAAGCGUUGAGGUAGCAUUAACCUGGGUGAAAGCCCAUGCCUACGUCCUGGGACUCACGAACCAUCCGGACGAGGAUCUUACAAAGAACAGGAACGUGCACGUGCAUUGUCCUGCAGGCGCGGUGCCAAAGGAUGGCCCGAGCGCAGGUGUUGCCUUCACGAUCGCCAUGAUAUCGAUGUUUUCUGGUCGUCGAAUAUCACCCACGCUCGCUAUGACAGGCGAGGUUUCUCUCCGGGGAAGAGUCACCCCCGUGGGCGGGAUUAAAGAAAAAUUGAUAGGAGCUCUAACUGCCGGUGUAAAGACGGUACUUUUACCUGCGCAUAACAGGAAGGAAGUACGUGAGCUCCCUGAGGAAGUCAAGAACGGGCUCGAGAUAAUAUAUGUGAGGAGUGUAUGGGAAGCGCUUAAGCAUGGCAUGCGUCCCCUUACCCUACUCGUUCCCUUUCCGUAAACUAACCAAGUUGUAUAGUCUGGCCCGAAUGGACCGUUGGUGAAGAAAACAUGGCGUUUGAAAGUCGACUAUGAUUGACUGCGGUAGGAUAUUAUUAUAGGCGGGGAGCAGUGCGUCUUACUUGCUUUGAUUAAGUUCUGUAUUCCACCGGAUUGUGGUUUAUUUUAUUUGCAUUUUCUCCAUUAGUUUGUCACAUUACAUAUCGUAUCCAACUCACCUCGCGAUCUCGAUUAUUAUUAUUAUUUUUCUCCUUUCGCUUCCCUUGCAUUCUCCCGCGUCUUCCAUGUCAUAGCAUCUCAUAUCCGAACAUACCGGUACACCCAAAUUAGAUAUAUAUAUAUAUA